CCUCCAACAUGGAUCUGCUGUCUUAAAAAAGAACAAUAUUUCCUACUCAGACUACGCAGACCAUCAUGGGAUUUUCUGGAACAAGAUAGACUCCUUCAGCAUGCUGGACUUUUCACCCCAUCUCAUAAUUCAGCGCCUCUUACUGUCCUUGUGGUUGGUGAACACUUGGCACCGAGCGACUGGCUCUAUUGGCGAUGGCAGACAGAUGUGGCAAAUGCCCAAGCCGGUCGCAAUCAGUCUAGAACAAUCAUUUCUUCAUGAUACGUUCCCCGCAGGGUUCCUCUGGGGGUCUGGGACAUCCGCUUUCCAGACCGAAGGAUCAUGGGACAAGGAUGGAAAGGGGGAAUCCAUCUGGGACCAUUUCACCCAAUCCAAGACGGACAAUGUGGCCAGUGACAGCUAUGUCCACUGGGAAGAUGAUGUGCAGGCACUUGAGUAUCUGGGGGUGACAUCGUACUCUUUCUCCCUCUCGUGGCCCAGACUGUUCCCUGAUGGGAAUGCAACAGGUCCUCCCUGUCAACCUGCUGUGGAGCACUACAACCGUCUCAUAAACAGGCUGGUGGAAAAGAAAAUUGAGCCCAUUGUCACCAUCCAUCAUUGGGAUCUGCCGCUGGUCCUGCAGGAGGCGUAUGGAGGAUGGAAAAAUGACACACUUAUUGAAUUGUUUGGGAACUAUGCUGCCUUUUGCUUCCGGACAUUUGGGGAUCGUGUCAGGUACUGGCUUACGAUGCAUAACCCGUACUUGGUAGCUGUGCAGGGGUACGGCGUGGGGCUGCAUGCCCCUGGAGAAACUGGAGGACUUGCUGCCUCUUUUAUUGUGGCCCACAAUUUGAUCAGGGCACACGCCAAAGCCUGGCACAUCUACGAUACCCACUACCGCCCAGAGCAGAAGGGUAAACUGUCCAUUGUUUUGGGCUCCCACUGGGUUGAACCUCAAAAAGGCCAACCCGUAGCCACCGGUGUCGAUCUUUGUCAACAGUCAAUGGAUGCUGUUCUUGGUUGGUUCGCCAAUCCCAUUUUAGGUGAUGGAGAUUACCCGCCUUCUUUGAAAAACAAGCACAGGGGCCUCCUGCCCACAUUCACUACCAAGGAGAAGCUGUGGGUGAACAACACAGCCGACUUUUUUGCCCUGUCCUUCGGGCCAAACAACCUCCGUCUGGGCCGCACCCUGCCCCACUUUGGCCAGGUUGUGUCACCAGAUCUUAGGCGCGUUCUGGGUUGGAUAAAGCUGGAGUACGGGGACUUGCAAGUUCUGGUGGCUGAGGGUGGAUGGUUCUCUGAAGCUAGUGUGGGAAGAGAGGACACAGUGGCCAUUUACUUGAUGAAGAGAUUUAUCAACCAUGUAUUACAAGCUGGCCGGUUGGAUAGGGUUCGGUUGCUAGGCUACACUGCGUGGUCACUGGUAGACAGCUUUGAAUGGAACUACAACUACUCAGUCCGCCGGGGCCUUUUCUAUGUUGACUUCACUCAUCCUAAUCGAACCAAGACGCCCAAAACCAGUGCUCAGUACUACAGGCGGGUUAUUGCUGACAAUGGAUUCCCCCAAGUGGAACCCUCCAGAGAAGUUGAAGGCAGUUUCCCCUGUGAUUUUCACUGGGGUAUUGCUGACUCCACCUUGCAGGCCCGCUUUUACCCCUUCUCCCCCCAAUUCAAAGAUCCCAAUGUGUACAGCUGGAACUGGACAGGCGAUGGAUCAUUCCGUGCAAUCCCAGGAGUAAAGCUUCAUACUAAUCGUUCCCAGUGCACAGACUAUCUGGCCAUCCGCAGUCAUCUCUACCUGUUUGUAUCUACUGGGGCAACACACUACCGCUUUGCUCUAAACUGGUCUCUGAUUCUACCACAUGGAGACCUUUCUAGUGUUAAUGUGGAAGCACUAAGGUACUAUCGCUGCGUCCUCACCGAGCUGAAGAAACUGGACCUGGAGGCUUUGGUUAUCCUCUAUUACCCGACCCACAAAGCUCCACAUCUGGGCUUGCCCGGUGCCCUGCACGCCUCUGGGGGUUGGCUCAACUACAGCACAGUGGAGGCCUUUCAAGAAUAUGCAUCACUGUGCUACCGGGAGCUGGGUUCCUGGGUCCGUUACUGGAUCACAGUGAAUGAGCCUAACAGACUCACAGAUAUUUAUUCCAAUGCGAAUGAGCGACACCAGGCUGCCCAUAACCUCCUUCUGGCUCACGCGAAAGCCUGGCGGCUCCAUGAGCUAAAGUACUCUCGUCAGCAGGGAGCUAUGGUGUCACUGGCGCUUCACGCUGACUGGGCUGAGCCCGCAAACCCCUUCCUCCUACAGUCACAUGGAGCGGCAGUGAAGAGAUUCCUUCUUUUUGAACUUGCUUACUUUCUGGACCCGUUGCUGGGGACUGGAGAUGAGGAGAAGCAGGGCAAAGAGGACUACCCACUAGAAAUAAAGGCUUACUUGAAGGAGAGAGCCUGGCCACGGAGCCAACAGACAUCUCCUCUUCCUACUUUUACCAAAACUGAAAGGGAAGAACUCAAAGGUGCAUUGAGUUUCAUUGCGUUGAAUCAUUUCACCACACGCUUGGUCUCUCCUUUUCCAAAUAAUGGACAGAAGAACCACCCUGGCAACCAUGACUUUCUUAUCCUGUCUGAUCCCACCUGGCCCUCCUCCAGACUGGGCCAAGCGCUUGUCCCUUGGGGACUGCGAAAGAUCCUGAACUGGGUGACUGAGCGAUACGGAAGGGCUCGGCCUAUCAUUAUCACAGCAAGUGGGAUUGAUGACCAGGCUCCUGUACAGGAUACCAUGAGGCAGCACUAUCUAAAAAGUUACCUGCAGGAGGCUCUUAAAGCACGCCAGUUGGAUGGAGUCAACCUGCGGGGCUUCUAUGUGUGGAAACUGCAGGAUGAUCAUGUACCUCAGUAUGGUCUUUUCAGCUCACCCCACCAACAAUCCAAAGAAAAGGCCUCCGUUGACUUCUACAGACAAAUCAUCACCCGGAGCGGGUUCCCCAAAGACGUCACGUUGCACAAAUGCCGCUCUAUUAAGGUCCAGCCAGUGUGUAACUUAUGCGUGUGGCUGUCCAAGAACAAGGCGCUGACGGUCUUUGGCUGCUGCUUCAUAAUCACAGCUGUCAUCUUCAUUGCACUGGUCAUCUCCACUGUUAUCACCAGAAGAAAGUACAUAAAGGGGCGGAGGAGUGCAGUGAGCAUGAUGAGCAGGAGAAGACGAAGGAUUCAGUGAUGUGCUCGUGGAAGCCUGCUGUCAAUGUUAAACACAGGACAGACUCAUUUUGGUGUAGGUGUUUUAAAAUUUACAAUUGACUGUUUUCAGGGGUACCUGGACCCCCAAAAGUUGAGAACUCCUGAAUUUGUGUACAUACAGUUAAUAGAGCAAAUUAUUCUAAAUAUAUUUCAAGUGUUUGUUCAAAUAAUGAAAUAUAUUCUGCAUAUUGUAAUAAAGAUAAAAAUACCG